UAAGAGAUAACUGAGCACUGUAACGCUUCUUUACUGAAUUUUUACCUAUCUGACGCCGUGAAAUCCCGAUAAAGCUCAGUAUUUUCAAUUUGCCAAUCUCUCACUCGUCGCCACGUGUGAGAAAAAGUGUUUAUUAGUUAUUCAGUGUCCCUCUGUGAGGCGAGGAAAGCGACGGGAGCCAAGUGGAAGAAGAAUCGCUUUUAGCCAGUCAUUGCCAUGGCCUCCGAGAGCGGCGAUAACAACAUGGAUAGAGAGAUGAUUCUGGCUGACUUUCAGGCUUGCACUGGAAUCGACAACAUUGCAGAGGCAAUCACUCUGUUAGAGCUUAAUAACUGGGAUUUAGUGGCAGCCAUCAAUGGAGUGAUACCACAGGAGAAUGGGAUCUUGCAGAGUAACUUUUCCAGUGAGGCGAGCCAGGCCAGCAUGUACGGACCUCCAAGCCAAUCAGAAGCAGCCGAUGCAGCAGCAGGAGGCUCAAUUCCUCCCCCCUCCUCUUCGUCUUCGUCCUCCUCUCCUCCAUCAUCCUCGACUUCAGCUUUUUGCCCCGUCAACUCCUCCUCCUCCCGACACAUUGUAGAGCGUCAGUCCCGGAUGCUCAACUUCAGGGUGGAGUACAGACAGCGCACUGUAGAGCUGGUGUUGGAGGAAAGCAGCUCAGUCGGAGAAAUCAAACAAAUCCUUGAGACAGAGCUUGGGGUUCCAGUGUCCAAAAUGCAGCUGAAGGGAUGGAAGAGUGGAGAUGUAUCUGAUAGUACGGUGCUGCGAAGUUUACACCUGCCCAAGAAUAUCAGCCUGUAUGUCCUGACCCCAGACAUUGCUCCUACUGCCAGCACCAGCACCAGCACCAGCACCAGCAAAAACAGUGCUCUCCCAGAAUCGCUAAAUCAGAACUUCCUGCUGGUCAUCAGUCACCAUGAGACCCAGAGGGACUACAGCCUCAACUUCCCCGGCACCAAAACCAUACAGGAGGUGAAGAGGAACAUUUCAGACUUGACCAACAUCCCAGUUCGACAUCAACAGUGGGAGGGAUGGCCUGCAUCAGCAUCUGAUGACUCUAUGACGCUAGCUGUCUCUGGGAUCAGCUAUCCUUGCCAUCAUCUCACUGUUUGUCGAAGGUCUUCACCAGCCAAUGCCCAGGAGCCCACAGAAGAGUGUGCAGAUGUCCAUAUGAUCAGCGACAGUGAGGGGGAUGAUUUUGAAGAUGCGUCAGAGUUCGGUGUGGACGAUUCAGAGAUGUUUGGAAUGGGCUCCUCUACCUGUCGGAAAUCACCUAUGAUGCCAGAGAAUAGCGAGAAUGAAGCUGAUGCCUUACUGCACUUUACUGCCGAAUUUUCCUCAAGGUAUGGAGAGACCCACCCAAUGUUCUUCAUCGGGUCUUUGGAGGCAGCAUCUCAAGAGGCCUUCUAUGGCAAAGCCAGAGAUAGGAAGCUGCUGGCCAUCUACCUCCACAAUGAUGACAGUGUCCUCAGCAACGUCUUUUGCUCCCAAAUGAUGUGUGCCGACUCUAUUGUCUCCUAUCUGAGCCAGAACUUCAUCACAUGGGCCUGGGACGUCACUAAAGAAGCUAACAAAGCCAGACUACUCACCAUGUGUACGAGGCACUUUGGCAGUGUAGUGACACAGACUAUACGGACAUACAAGACAGACCAGUUCCCUCUGCUCCUUAUAGUCAUGGGAAAACGCACAUCCAACGAAGUUCUAAAUGUUAUUCAAGGCAAUACUACAGUGGACGAGCUGAUGAUGAGGUUAAUGGGAGCAAUGGAGAUCUUCACAGCACAACAACAAGAGGACAUCAAAGAUGAGGACGAGCGUGAGGCAAGAGAGACGGUGAAGAGAGAACAAGACGAGGCAUACCGUCUGUCUCUAGAGGCUGACCGUAAGAAGAGAGAAGCGCAAGAGAGAGAAGAGGCCGAGCAGGUUCGCCUGGAGCAGAUGAGAAAGGAGCAAGAGGAGGAGAAGGAGGCAAUCCGCUUGUCAUUGGAGCAGGCCCUACGCCCAGAGCCGAAGAGGUCAGGAGAGCAAAUCAGCAAACUGCGAAUCCGCACACCAAGUGGCGAGUUUGUGGAAAGGCGUUUCGGAGGGGCAGGCUAUGUCUGUCUCAGACUUAUCACUCUGCUUGUUUGGAGGCUGACCUUUAACAUUCUCGGCUUGCCCUUCGACCCUCUACAGCAGAUCACCCAGUUGGAUCCAGGGUCAACUCUGCUGGAGGCCAAGUUGUUUCCACAGGAGACGCUUUUUCUGGAGGCUAAAGAGUAGAAACUGGCCCUCUGAUAGCUGAGAGGACCAAGUGACUGACUGAUGAACUGGCUGGACACACACUAGUCACCGAGCAUGGCCCCCCCCUCCCCUCCAGUCUGGGCCUACAGAACAUAAACACGCACGCACACACACACACACACACACACCAACACACACAAAGACCACCCUCUCAGACGUACAUGAACUCACUGGCAUGCACAUCCAGUGACACACAAGUGCAAGUAAGCUUCUCUGCCCUCGGCCUGGUCGUGGUACAUGAAUGCCUAGUGUACACAUGUUGCACAGAGGAGCAAAGACAGUAUCACAAGCACACAGCCAAACAUUCAUCUCUCCCUCUCUCUCUAUCUUUCUCUCUAUCUUUCUCUCUCUCUCACUCUCUCUCUUUCUCUCUCUCUCUCUCUCUCUCUCUCUCUCUCUCUCUCUCUCUCUCUCUCUCUCUCUCUCUCUCUCUCUCUCUCUCUCUCUCUCUCUCUCUCUCUCUCUCUCUCUCUCUCUCUCUCUCUCUCUCUCUCUCUCUCUCUCUCUCUCUCCCCCCCCCACACACACACUUCACAACUUCACGUUUCCAACUGCUGUGUCAUGGUUUUCCCCCUCACAACAUAAACACAACAUAGUGAGAUAACAGCAUUUGAGAGACUGACUAGACAAAUCUUUGUCACAGGAAAAAAAAAAAAAAAAAAAACAUGGACUUGUUCUCUCCCAGUUCCACAUUCAACACACCGAGGCUGCUUUUUUAGAACAUGGUUUUUGUGUUUGAAAUCAAAAAAAUGCUUAAAAAAAAUAAAUAAAUAAAAUGAACAGCAAGAAGAGAUGUUGCCCUGCAGAAGUUUGGGGGCUGUCUCAUCUCCACCUGUAUUUAUCCGACCUUUACCUUUCCAAAUUCCCCGUUCCAUCUCUCCCUCAACCUUCCCCUUCCCUUCCUCACCUUCCAGCCCUUCACCCCCUCCGUCCGCUGUCUGCCACUGGGAUGCGACAGGAUCUGUUCUCCGCUCCCGGCUGGUUUUAACAUCCACUGCUCCACAAGCCAACAAAUUGCUCAGUUUUCAGUUGUUUUUUUCUUUCUUUUUUUUUUCUCUUGAUCCUUUUUAAGUUUGAUGCUGUAUUAGUUUUAGUUUGAUAUACAUUAUAUAAAAUAUAUGAAUAUGAACAUCAA